AGCACCACUUACUUCUUCAGAAAUCCAUAGAAAAAAAAAAAAAAGGAGAGAGAGAAUUGAAUAUGAGUGGGAGUGGGAUUGGGAACAUUUGGAACCAUGGUUGGAAGGAGCUAAGUGGGAGUGAUAACUGGAAAGAUCUACUGGAGCCGUUGGAUUCUGAUCUCCGCCGCUACCUCAUUCACUACGGAGCCAUGAUUGAAGCCGUAGGCGAUGGUUUCAUAAAAGAUUCAGAUUCCAAAAAUGUGGGAAUGCCACGAUACGCCAGGACAAACCUCUUUGAAAAUACAGGACUUGUCAGGGGAAACCCUUUCAAAUAUGAAGUGACCAAAUACUUUUAUGCAACAUCUGAAUUAGCAUUCUGGAAGGAAUCAGACUGGAUUGGAUAUGUUGCUGUGGCCACGAAUGAAGGAAAAUUUGCUUUAGGACGAAGAGACAUUGUGGUUGUUUGGAGGGGAACAGUCCGACCCUUAGAGUGGGCUGAUGAUGCCAUAUUCCUUUUUGUUAAUGCGCCAUUAAUCUUUCCCAAAAACCCUGAUCCUCUGGUGCAUGAGGGUUGGUACUUUAUGUACACCACCACCACCGAUAAAGAUGAUGGAAAGAGUCCUAGAGAUGAGAUUCGUGAAGAAGUUGAAAGACUUGUUGAGUUAUACAAGGCCGAGGAAGUUAGCAUAACCGUGAUAGGACACAGCUUGGGUGCAUCCAUGGCAACACUAAACGCAGUAGACCUGGCUGCCAAUCCAAUCAACAACAAUAAUAAAGAUAUUAUUCCUGUCACUGCUUUCUUGUAUGCAAGCCCCAAAGUAGGGGAUCUGAAUUUUCAAAAAGCCUUCUCUAAUCAACAAAACCUUCGAGCCUUGCGAAUCUCCGACGUCCAUGAUAAAGUUCCAACACUUCCGCCGUUUGGAUGGAAAGAUGGUGAAAACAUGGAUUCAAAAAAACCUUACGAAGAAGUGGGGGUGGGUUUGCAGAUUGAAUCUGAGAAAUCCGACUAUUUGAAGCCUAAGGACCUCAACUAUCACGACUUGAUGCUUUAUAUGCAUGGAAUUGAUUUAUACCAGACGUCUAAAGGGAAGUUUGAGCGUAUCGGAGACUUUGAUCUUGCCAAAGUUAAUAAGUAUCAGGAUGCUUUGAAUGACAAGUAUGGUAUACCAAUAGCAUGGUUUGACAUAAAAGAUAGAGUAAUGGUUCAGCUGCCCAACGGGAAUUAUAUCGUUGACGAUCAUGAAAACGACAAGACAUUUUAAUGCAUAUAUAUGCAUGUGUGUUUGAAUAAAUUAAAGCUAAGUCUUCUCUAGCUUGAUGAAGACCAUUCUAUAAUUAUUCAGUGUGGUUUGAAUAAAAUUGGAGCUGAUGAGGCAACUAGCUGCUUGUGGCUAGCUGUCGUCUAGUCCAAUGCAUGUGUGCUUGUAUUUGAAUUAUUAUGUUUCAAUCAUCUCAGCUCUUUUCAGCAAUGUAUUAUAAAAUAAUAAAAGAUCAGACUUGAUCGUAUUGCUUUUA